UAUUACGCAAGUAAAUAGUUUAGUUAAUACAUUUUCCCUUGAAUAUAAUAAUCGAGUAAAAGAAAUAGUUCAACAAGCUAGUAGUAAUUACCCUUAUACUUUCAAUCCCCAACAACUUGAAGAAUUAGAACAAAUUAAACUUUCCCUUGUUCUUUUUAUAUUUAUGAAAGCAAAAGCAAGAAAUAUUUGCGUAGAAAAAGCAAUUGAACUUAAAGAUAAAGCAGUAGAGGAAAUUGUUGACCGAGAAUUAGAAAGACAAGAAAAAGACCCUAACUACAAAAUUACCUAUACCCUCAAGGAUUUAAACUAUGUAAAAGACCAUUUGAACCAGAUUAAACAUCAUGUAGAGAUUGGAAAGUUCCAAACUAAAAAGUUCAUGACCACAUAUACUGAACUAUUGGAGAAACAUCAAUACGAAACAAGACAACACGAACAAAAACAUCACCUUUCAAGUACUGUUACUGAACAAAAAGAUUACUGUAGCCUUUGUUAUACUCCACCUCUACAACUUGCUGAAUACUUUAAAUUAUUUUGGAUUUGGUACACUAGUUAUUCUGCCAAAUUCUAUUUAAGUAAAACUAUCGAAUACACUGACAAAUUAGUCACAGAGCUUUGGGGAGAAGAACGUACAAACAUACUUACUGCUAUAACAAAUUUAAUUUUUAGCAUAGUAUAUUCUAAAAUUUCUAGAAGAUUUCAAGAAAUACCUACUUCUAUUUCAGCACUUACAAAUACACUUCAACCUUUUACUAGUACUUCAGGAACUACACUACCUUUGACUUCUUCAAACACCACUGAAUCAAAUAUGACUUUAACAGGAGACCAAUUAAAAGAGCUCCUUAAAAAAGUAACUGACGGAUUUAAAGAAACUGCUCAAUCAAUAAAAUCUGAAACACAUAGAUCCUUUGAACCCCUUUUCCUUAAACGCUUUACUACCUUAGAAAAUAAAAAUAAAUGGCAUUACGAAUUGUAUAAUAUUCGACAAGAACAAAAUAAGAGAGUAGAUAAAUAUUCUGCAAGGUUUAAACGUCUAUUGGCCAAAGUAGACCCUGCUAAAGUAUUACCAGAAGAAUAUACUACUCGAAUAUAUAUUUCUGGUUUGAAAGAAGAAAUUGUUAUGUUGAUUGUAUUAGAAAAUACUAAUAUCUUGGCUGAUGCCAUGAAGAAUGUAGUUAAAGUCGAA